AUGUUUAAUAGUUCACUAAAUUUAAGAUAGACUAGUAAUUAGAUUGCUUCUCGAAUUUAGGAUGGUAUAUUUAUUGGAAACUAUAUUGUAUUAAAUGUAUCACGUUAUACUUAUCCUAGGAAUAAUAAUACUUAAGUCAGAAUAAAAUAACUCAUGUAGUAAACUGUGCAGCUUCGGAAAUUUAAGCUCCUUCAAAUUUAAAGGUUUUAAAUUUUUAUUGGAAAGAUGAAGAUUAUUAAGUAUAUCAUUAAUAUAUCUAGACUAUCAUUGAUAUCUCUAAUGUAAUUGAGAUUAUCACAUUUGUGAAGAGGGCUGUAAAAAAAGGAGAAAGUGUUUUAUUUUGUUGUCUUAGUGGUUAAAGUCGAUCAUUAUCAGCCCUUAUUGCCUAUCUUAUGUAUCGGUAUUGAAUAUUGUUAAUAAUUGAAGAUAUUAAUGGAGUUUAUUGAAGGUUUUUCAAUAUAUAAACAUUAAGAAGAAGGAAAUAGAAAUAAGAGCAACUUUUUUAAAUAGCUUAUUGAUUUUGAAAAGCAAGACAUGA